AUGGGAACCUCUUCUAAACAUCGGAUCCUCAUUUUUCUGAUAUUGGCCUUUUUGGUUCCGAUCUCAAACUGCAAAAAAGAAGACUCAUACUGGCUAGAUUCUUUGUAUUCUACAUUCCGUGAAAUUUCGGAACAUCUUCCCGGAUAUUCUGAGAAAUUUCAAAAAACAGUGACCGGAUAUGCGGAGGAAGUCCAGAAGCAAUAUGAAGGUUCGAAAUGGGAGAGCUUUGUGAAUGAAAAUGCUGCUAAACUCUACGAGAAAAGUCAAGACAACGGGAAAACAUUGAAGGAAAAAAUUGUAGAAUACGCGGAGAAAGUCCAAAAGCACUAUGAAGGUUCGAAAUUGGAGAGCUUUGUGAAUGAAAAUGCUGCUAAACUCUACGAGAAAAGUCAAGAAAACGGGAAAACAUUGAAGGAGAAAAUUGGAGAAUACGCGGAGAAAGUCCAAAAGCACUAUGAAGGUUCGAAAUGGGAGAGCUUUGUGAAUGAAAAUGCUGCUAAACUCUACGAGAAAAGUCAAGAAAACGGGAAAACAUUGAAGGAGAAAAUUGGAGAAUACGCGGAGAAAAUCCAAAAGCACUAUGAAGGUUCGAAAUUGGAGAGCUUUGUGAAUGAAAAUGCUGCUAAACUCUACGAGAAAAGUCAAGACAACGGGAAAACAUUGAAGGAGAAAAUUGGAGAAUACGCGGAGAAAAUCCAAAAGCACUAUGAAGGUUCGAAAUUGGAGAGCUUUGUGAAUGAAAAUGCUGCUAAACUCUACGAGAAAAGUCAAGACAACGGGAAAACAUUGAAGGAGAAAAUUGGAGAAUACGCGGAGAAAAUCCAAAAGCACUAUGAAGGUUCGAAAUUGGAGAGCUUUGUGAAUGAAAAUGCUGCUAAACUCUACGAGAAAAGUCAAGACAACGGGAAAACAUUGAAGGAAAAAAUUGGAGACCACUGGAAUAUGGUUUCCGGUGGAACCGUUGGAGCCGCCCGUAACGCUGCCAACUAUGUCGUUCAAGUUGGUGGAAGAUCUUCAAAUAUCUUGAACAUCUUUGAUAAGAAUCAUAUCAGUACCCUUGGAAACCCAAAAUGGUAUGCGAGAAUCGACAUGCCUCAUGGAAACGUUCCUUAUCAUCAUAUCAAUGUGAACAAGGCAAUCACGGGAGUCAAGGAUCCCCAUAUCCGGAUUUCUGGAGCCACUGCGCAAGCUGCAGGACUUACUGGCAAAGCAUUGCAUGUUGUUAACAAAGUGGCCCCUGUGGCAAUGGCUGUAUCGGUUGCUGUGGACGCGGUAGAUGUUGCAAAUGAUUUGAUGAAAGGACAUACAACAGAAGCAAAGAAGAAGGUGGUCAGCAUUGUGGCAACCAAUGCUGGAGGGUACUGUGGAGCCAGUGCAGGCGCUGCUGUCGGAACGAUGUUCUUCCCGGGAGUCGGCACAUUGGUCGGUGGAAUCGUUGGGGGAGUUUUUGGUGGGGUCGGAGGAGGAAUCGCAGGAGAUAUCGCGAACGAAGUCAUGCAGUCAUGA